CUCGCGAUAUUACGCUUAGUGCGCGAUCAACGGAUGGCGGCUCGUUUAAAUGAUGCAUAAAUAGAAUUACAAUAUAGUAUCGUCAAACAAACCGUUUGAUUUGGAAUUACACCAUUACAGCCACAAUGUCCAAAAGAGAUGUUUUAUCCCCUAUUACCAACACACCGAUAGUACGUCCAUCAACAUCGUCAUCCAAGUUCGUGUCGCCAUCCCCCAGCAGGAACAGCAACUUGUCGAGUCCAACCCCUCUCUUGACUCGAGACCGAGAUGAUACAGCAGAGAGGAAAGAGAGACGAAGGUCUCGUGUCUUGGACCUGCAGCGUCGGAACUUAGCCAGUCCAAACACCCCUGACAGGCGCAGAUCAAUUCCACCUUCUGGGUUAACCAAUAAUCAGCUUUCGGAACACUAUGCAUCCUGCAUCAAGCUCUCCACAGAAAAUAAAAUUAAUGCUAAGAAUGCCUUCAGCCUGCAGCUUAUUGACUACAUGUCAGAUUAUAGAAACCAAGUCUCUGAUUUCAUCUAUCAGAUUGCUAGCUCAACACUAGAUGCCAGUGCCAAGAUCUACGCAGGUCGUGUUGACUGUAUCCAUGCAGAAGCAUACAAAGUGCUGAGUGGGCUGGGACGGGGAGCCAACAAACCCAGUGUUGAGGAUGGGGAAGCUGCAGAUGGAGAAUAUGGGGAAGAAGGGACAGGAGGAGACAACCCUGAUCAACUCAAGAAAAAGAAAAAGGUUCGAAAAAGUAAGACAGUGGAAACCAAUCUGAAGAACAUCAGUGUUAACAAGUUUGACUUGGAAUUUGAGGUGGAUCCGAUGUUCCAGGUUAUGUCAGCAGCGUUUGACGAGGGUGGUGCUAGUGGAUUGAUCUUGAACAACCUUCAUUGUUAUGACGACUGUCAGGAGCUGGUGCUGGACUCGUCAACCCUGGUGUCAGUUGUGGACAGCAAGGACCCAGAGUUAACCCCCAAGUCUCUCAAUGUCACUGAUCUCAAAGAUUUGUUGGAGAAACUCGACUGUGAGAGUAAGCAUGUGUGUGCUCCAUAUGCAGAGUUUCAGUUCACUGAUUGGGAUGGCUCCGACAUGAGCUCCAUGCUGGGUAAAGGAGCAUCGGAGCAUGCUUUCGACAUGAAUGCUGAGAGGGAGCCUAUCUUCCCAGAUGCUGACGAUGAUGAUCAUCAGAGUCUUCCUCCAGACACAGAUUUUGGCGACAUGGCUGAAGGUGGCAGUGAUAAUGAAGAUGGCGGUGGCUUUGACGAUGAUGGUGAGAGGUCAAAUGUUGUCGGAGACAGUCGGGCAGCCAUGCUUGUUCAGAGUGCAUUUGAAGAUCUCACCCAUGGCAGCUCUGGGACGUUGAUGCAGAUUCUGGCAUCACAGCCAUCUGACUACUCCUACUUCAACAAGGCUCUGAUGCAGACCUGGGCUGGACCCUCACACUGGAGGAGGGGAUGUCUCUCUAAAGAUGCCAAAUUCAAGACGUUAAACAAAAGUCAGAAAAACAAGACAAAGAAAGUUGCAUUUCGUGUCAACUAUCACGAGAAUGCUGACACAGAAGAUGCUUUCAAGAAGUCCAAGGCCACAGCCCUGACCAAGACAACACUAAGUCGAUACAGCAAGGAUCAGACAACCCUCCCUGAAGAUCUGCAUUAUGAUGCUGACAAGCUGUUCCGACCGUUCCUGAAGCCGAAGAUCAUGGUUAAGCGACAGCAAGGCAGCAGUGUUGGCGUGGACGAUGAGAUCGACAAUUACGACUACAACAAUGAAAACGACAGGGAGAACUUCUGUGCUGAUCUUGGUGGAGAUGACGAUGAUGAAGACGGAGGUGGUGGGUUCGACUUCAACUUGACGGCGGGUGACUACAGCCAUGCUUCCUCCCAGGACAACAUGUCGCAGCCAAGUCUGGCGUACAAUGACAGCCUGAACGCCACCUCCCUGUGUGGAGACAAACUCCUCUCACAGCCUUAUAAGGUUGCCAAGAUUGAUAUUGCAUAUGCCAGGACCGCCAAAAAGUUGGAUGUACGUAAACUGAAGGGAGCCAUGUGGAAUUUAUUGACAACACCCGCAUCUAAACAGGAGGAGACGUCAGAUCACCCUGACCACACCCUGAUGGAACCUCCUCCAUCAACAUCAGCCAUGAAUGAAAUGUGGACGUUCCAGACACUGCUCACCAAACUACCAGGGAAGGUGUCGUCCAACACAGCCAAGAAUCUCAGUGUCCCCAUUGCCUUCGUGUGCCUGCUACAUCUUGCCAAUGAGAAGACUCUGAAGAUUUUGGACAGUAAUUUGGAAGAUUUACAAAUAUCCCAAGGAAUUUAGCUGGAUGAUGUUGACAGUUUGUACAUCUCAGUAUUGACAAGAAGAGUGGCGUGUCGCCAACUGUAACAGCAUCACUAUGGCAACAGGAUGGGAUUGCUCAACAAAAAGGCAGCAUUCUGACGUUAGAAAAACGACAGUGGAUGGUUACCAUGCUAUAUCAAAACGUUAUGGUUGACCAGCAAUGUGUUGUCAUGACUACCAUGGUUGGCGACACUAUUGAAGGAUGUUAUGGUUGACCAGCAACGUGUUGUCAUGACGACCAUGGUUGGCAACACUAUUCAAGGAUGUUAUGAUUGACCAGCAAUGUGUUGUCACGACAACCAUGGUUGGCAACACUAUUCAAGGAUCUUAUGGUUGACCAGCAAUGUGUUGUCAUGACUACCAUGGUUGGUGACACUGUUCAACGAUGUUAUGGUUUAUCAACUAAUGUAGUCAUGACAACACAUUGCUGAUGAUGCUAUACCUCUAUGUUAUGGUUGACCCGCAAUCAGUGUUGUUGUUUUAUGUCAAGUCUUUUACAAUUUUGUUUUAUUGUACAUAGUCAGUGUAUGUAUCAUUUUAUAAUUUUUCACCUAUCUUAAUGUUUUAGUUGAUAUCUGUUAUUGGCACAUGGAAGAACUUGAAUGUAUUCAAAUCAUGAUCUGAUUCUGACCUCAUCCACCUUCACCCUUCAUUUCAAACACAGGACAGUCUUACCAUUCAGACAUUUAGAUGGCACUAUUCACCACUUCAUUUACAUCACCACAACAUAACACCUACAUCAAAACAACAAGAACUGGAAUACUGACACUGACAUUAACAAGCCUUUGUCACAAUGCCAACUUGUUUCCAUAAACACAGCAGAGUUAUGGCCCUUGUACGGCUGCAACAAGGACUCUGAUGGCCAUCUCAAUUAAUGUACAACUGGUCCUGUCAGUGUUCUCAUCCUUCAUUCUUUCCUACUGUAAAUAUUUCCGUAUUUAUAUAUCAUGUAGGUGCUGUUACUUGGAUGGAGUCAAAUUUCAAAGAGGAUUUUUUGUGUCUCAAAUGAAGUUUUAACCAAAUAUAUAUGAUCUUACUGUCUUAUAUCAGAAAACAAACAAUAAAAGUCUCAAGGAAAA